GAUCCGACGAUCAUAAGUGCACGAAGUACACAUCGCAGGCAUAAGACCUAAUAAUACCUGCCUACAUUCUUACCAACUCUUCACUCCUUUCGCCCCCAUCGGAGAACCCCCCUCUUCGAACACAACCUGGCCGCGCUGAACUGGGGUAAGAGGUAGACAGACAGAGCAGCGCAGAGAGGGUUGCUACAAAGUCCUGUUCUAUCCCGUCCCCAUCACCACAAGGACCGAAAUAAACCGGACGUACAUCCUUUUACCACCCAUCUUCCCCCCCCCUCCCCCCCGGCCCAUCCAUCCUAUCCAUCCAUCUGUCCCACAUCGCUUGCGUUCGAAGCCCCGUCCCCCCAGCAGUUCUUCCGUCUGGGAUCCCUCACUCACAUUUUUUUUCUCUCUCUCCUCUUCCUGAUUUCCUCCCAUCUGAAUUAGCCCAAGAAUCUCUCUCUGUCUCUCUUACCAGCCGCAUACCUCCACACGCACACACUGCACAGAGAGCUCUAUCGUGGGUUUCGCAGGCAGCCAGUAAGCAGUAGGACAUCAGCACUGCACCUCUCUGCGCAUUCGCACGCCGGCUGGCCAACAAGAUGUCGGAGCCUCGACGGUACGUGGGUCGUCAGUCGUCGCCCCCCAUGACGCACCCCGCGCGGCUGUCGAUGCCCAUCACUGUUGGCGGUGGUGGUUAUAACCCUCACUACGGCAGCGAUCUCCACGCCAUACAGACGGGUCGCUAUGAUGCCACUGUACCGCGGAGGGCCAAUGAUCACAGCCACAAAGCGCCAGCGGCGCCUCCAACCACCGUUACCACCUAUAGUGUCACCAAGGAUUCGUCGCAGCCGCCGCGUAACUCGGCGCAAGCCGCUCGCCGUCGCUCGUCGACUGUCGAUGCAACCGCGGUGAAGCCUGUCAUAGUCACCACUAGCCACCCCCCUCGGCCCCACGGGUCGACCUCUCACACAUCGUCGUCCGCUACCCGGACAGCCAGCCCGUCACGCGAUCCCUUUCGGUCGAGCGACGAGACCUACUACACCCAACCGGCCUCGUCGAUGCGUUCGCGCAGCCAAUACCAGGGCCACGGAUACAGCCAGAGCGCGACGCUGGGCAACGACGAGUAUUACCGACUAAGAGAACGAGUCGGUGAGGACAGGCUUCGCCCCCCAACGCAUACUUCGACCGACUACUAUCGCUACCCCGUCACCCACCCCCCCUACACAAACCCGCCGCACGCCAGCACCUCGGCGGUCAUAGACUACGAAAAUGAGGGCUACGAGUACACCAAGCCCAGCGACCUGGCCAGGUACGAUCUCGAUCACGGCCACCAGCCGCGCAAGGGCCGGCGGGACAGCUUCGAUCGCCCCUACUAUCGGCCCACCGUAAAUGUCGUGAGCAACGAGCCAGGGCGGUACGACAGCCGCACCCGCGGACCGCCACCCCCCUCCGUCGGGCUCGAGCGGUACGGCAGGGCUGCCGCAGUGAGCACGUACGACCGCCCCACGGUCACCAUGCCCAUGUUGCCGCCCCCAGUGCCUGCCGCGCCGCCCGUCGAUGCUCUGCGCAGGAUCGAGGGUCCCAGGACCAUAUCGGCCGAGCGCACGAGCGACCGACCGCGGCCCGUUUCCCUGUAUCAAGACGCCCCGGCGCGCAUGUCGCACCCUGACGACCUCUACCGCUCCCGCGACGACGACCGGGUGCACGUUCGCCGGGCCCGCGAUGAUACCUACCGCGACGAUAACGUGGCCACCCGCGGCUUCGGCAUUCGUACGAACUCGCUAGAGCCGCCAGCGAUCCUCUCGGGCGCACCGGAUCGGCGCGACCACGAGUACCGCCACGCACGGCGGGAUGCCGUCGACCGCGAACCGCGCCGCCGCCCCGACGAUACGAUAGAACCAAACUCGCGGGACCCGCGGGACACGCGAAAGCCCUCUAAAGACACCCCUAUUGCCACCACUACUCGCGUCGAUUCUAGUCGGGAUCAGAGGGAGGCCAUGACUCGGAAGAACAGCAUUAGCGGCCGAGUCUUCGAUAAAUUCGUCGCAGGUGCCGCCGCCGCCGCCACGUCGUUAGGCUUAACAUCGAAAGACGCUGCCGCCAAAGAGGAAGAACGUAAGCCUUCCCCGCGACGGCGGGAUACCGCCGAUGAGAAGGACACGGAGGGCCCCCGCGCCGCCGAUAGGUAUAAGCCUAAGGAUAGAGAUGUCGCGGAACAGAGGCCUUCCGCCAGGGAUGAACAGGUGCUUCCGGAGCGGCGACGAGAGCCUCGCGGAGAGCGGACCGAGGAGUCGUCAGCUUCUAGGGAGCGCGACUACGAACGGGAGGCUGAUCGCGAACGGGAGAGGGACCAGCGCGAGCGCAACCGGCGCGACGUCGAGGCCGCACUUGACGGCUCGGCUGUAGAGGAUACGAACGACAAGCCGCUCAACUCUGACGGCUCCGCCAACACGUCUCGCAGGCGUCGGCACGGCUCGUCAACAUUCGAUCCCACCGACGCCAAGGGGCUGAUGGAGCUCAAGGCGGAGCUGGCCGCGAAGGACGAGCAGGAGAGCGCGAAGGAGGACUUGGCCUCCAAGGACAAGCCGUCCGACAAAGACAGCACCGCCGCCACUGUCGCCUCUGGCUCUGCCGAGCGAUCCACUGAGCGAUCCACCGAGCGAUCCGCUGAACGGCAGCAGCCGGCGGACGAACCGCGCGAGGAGUCCCGCGGGCGCGAGGCCGUGUCGUCAGCAGAGAAGCAGGUGCGUGUGGUGUCGCCGCCGCGGGAGAAGUCGGAGACGAAACCGAUCAAGGGGAUUCUGAAGGCGCCGAGCGCCAAGUUUCCGGAGGAGGAGAACCCGAUACGGGAGGGCGUGGCGCCGCACAAGGACGACAAGACCAAGAAGGACGUGCCGGCGGGGGCGCGCUGGACCAAGAUCAGCCGCAAGCUCGUCAACCCGAUGGCGCUCGAGAUCGGCAAGGAGCGCUACGAGGUCCGCGACGACUUCGUCAUCGUCCUCCGCGUCCUCAGCAAGGAGGAGAUCCAGGCCUACGCCACCGCGACCGCCAAGAUUCGAGCUGACGUGCGCCGCCGCGAGCACGAGCGCGAGCAUGAGAAUGGACACGACCGGGACCGGUCGGACGAGGACCGGCGGACCAACAACAGCAACGGCAGCAGCAACCGCCCCCACCGGCGACGUGAGCGUGACCGCGACGAUGACUACGAUGAGCGUGAGCGGCCCCAGCCGCACCGGCGCCGCGGACGUGGCGGCGCCGGCUCGGACGAGGACGAUGCUGAGCUGCGGCGGCGGGCUAUCGAGUACGAACCUGCGAGCGGCGGAGGGAACCACGUGCGGCCGCACCGGCCGCACCGCGAGCGCGACUACGAGCUCGUCGGCGCCGGCGCGGACGACCGGCGGUGAGCUGCUCCUCGGGCUGCCGCCGACUGUCCAGCCUAGCCCUAGCUUAGUCGGGUCCGGUCAGCCAUGAGGCGCAUUAUGACGGGAGCCGCGGACGAGAGCUUCGUUCACGUACGAGAUAUGCCCUGCCAUGCACGAAUACACAUAUAAGCCACGUGUUACGACCUAGCAUCUUUUUUUUUCUUCCCUUUGUAGUGGACUUCUUCGUUCGCUCACUCAGUCCGGACAUCCCACCCAUUCCUUCGCCAUCCACAAUUCGGGGUGGCUUUUUUAUAUAAUUCUUUACAGGUCUACGGCGUUUCUUUGGCCUUCACUCCCGGCGUUUCCUAGGUCUUUUUCUUUUCUCCCACCUGCUCUUCGUUGCCAUCGGCGAGGAUGUCUGAAAUGUGUUCGUUUCCUUCUUU